AUGGCAAUGGACCACGUGGCGAGGCUGGCGUCGGAGCGCGCGGUGGUGGUGGUGUUCACGGCGAGCAACUGCAGCAUGGGCGACGUCGUGACGUCGCUGCUGAGCAGCCUGGGCGUGAACGCGGCGGUGCACGAUCUGGACAGGGACCCCCAGGGCCUGGAGAUGCAGCGGGAGCUGGCCAGGAGGCUCGGCGCCGACGCCGGGCGAGGCACCCCACCGUGCCAGCGGUGUUCGUGGGCAACAACCUCGUCGGCGGGACAAACAGGGUCAUGGCGCUGCACCUCUCCGGCGAGCUCGUGCCCAUGCUCAGGAACGCCGGCGCGAUCUGGUUGUAGGAGUUGA